GCUGGAGGAGGAGACACGCAUCUUAUAUACCUAACCAACCGUCUUUCUGGAUCACUCUGCUGGUCGGAACCGAUCACGAGGCAGGUGUGCAGUGGAUACGCCGGAGCGCUGUGACUCGUGGACUAAUUGCGGAGCGCUUGCGGGAAUACGAGGAGCAUCUCUGUGCACGAGAGGGAAUAAAUCUCGUUUUCCUGUCCGAAUCCACAUAGACUUCGAUUUAGAGGGCAUUUCUUUGGUUCUAAAAGUGAGAGAACGAUAUCAGGAAAGAUGUUACAGACGACAUUAGGGGGUUAGAGGUGCUGAGGUUCAUCCCAUCACUGAAUAUGGAAUAAAUUCCCACGUCUUCUCUUAUUUCGGAAUACAGUGAACGGGAGCGCAUCACGAAAUCUGCUCUUGGAAGCCUUGCUGUGGAGUAUUUUACGUCUCACAUUCAAGGGAGAAAUCAUUCCAUUCACAAGCAAUUGGAUGAGAGUCAUACUUGCCCUUGGCAACUAAAGAUGACGUUACUAUGGAAACGACUUGUGGUGCUAUCAAUCAUUGGCUGCCUUGCAGUCUCCUCAGCACAAGCAGAAGACACAAAGUUUCUUGGUCCAAGCUGGAAAAAGGAACCAGAAGAUCUGAUACUGCCUAUCCAUACUGCUGAGCAGGAGGCUGUUUUAACCUGUGAGGCAUCAGGAGUCCCUUCCCCUCAGUACAGAUGGUCUCUAAACGGAACGCUCAUUGAUCUUCAUGGUGACGAGAGGCAUCGCCUGUCUGGGGGUAACCUGAUCAUUACUGGCCUGGAUCGGGACCAAGACAGCGGUGUCUACCAGUGCACUGCCUCCAACGCCCAGGGAACCAUUCUCAGCCAGAGAGCCACACUACAGUUUGCAUAUCUGGAAAACUUCAAAAUGCAGACAAGAAGUGCUGUGAAUGUGAGGGAAGGCCAAGGGGUUGUUUUGUUAUGUGGCACACCUUUGCAUUCUGGAGAGCUCACAUUCACCUGGGUCUUCAGUGAAUACCCUCACUUCGUCCAGCAAGACAGCCGACGCUUUGUAUCCCAAGAGACGGGGAAUCUCUAUAUAGCUAAAGUGGAACCGUCCGAUGUUGGGAAUUACACCUGUGUGGUUAAUAACACUAUUACCAAGGAGAGGGUGUUCAGUUCGCCAACUUCUUUAGUGCUGAGAAAUGACGGAGCGAUGGGAGAGUAUGAGCCCAAAAUAGAGCUUAAUUUCCCCGACACCAUUCCAGCUGCUAAAGGAUCCACACUGAAGCUAGAAUGCUUCGCCCUGGGAAAUCCAGUUCCCAAGAUCAGCUGGAGAAGAACCAGUGAUGUUUCAUUCCCAAACAAAGUCAAACUGAAAAAUUCUAACGCCAUUCUGGAGAUUCCGAGUUUUCAACAAGAGGACACAGGGACAUAUGAGUGCACAGCGGAAAACAGUCGUGGAAAGAAUGCAGCGAGGGGUCGUUUGUCUUUCCAUGCCACGCCUCAUUGGCUGCAGACGAUGACGGACACAUCAUUGUCCAUUGAAGAGAAUCUGUUUUGGGAGUGCAAAGCCAAUGGGAAACCAAAACCUUCGUACAGCUGGCUGAAGAAUGGAGAAACUCUUAUAUCUGAGGGCCGAGUGCAAAUAGAAAACGGUGCUCUCUCCAUCUCCUCGCUAAACCUCUCAGAUUGCGGGAUGUAUCAGUGUGUGGCGGAGAACAAGCACGGCAUCAUUUAUUCUAGCACCGAACUGAUGGUGCUUGCCUCUGCUCCCAGCUUCUCCCAGAAUCCUUUGAGCCGAGUUCUUAAGGCUCGCUCAGGUAGUGACGUUAGCCUAGAUUGCCGGCCACAUGCUUCGCCCAGAGCCAUUAGCCUAUGGAAAAGAGGGAAUGAGAUACUGCAAAGAAGUGAAAGGAUUUCUCUCUUCCCCAAUGGGACUCUUAAGAUUGCCAACGUAACUAAGCGAGAUGGAGUUAGUUACACGUGUAUCGCUAAAAACCAGUUUGGCACAGCUAGCACAACAGGAAGACUGAUCAUCACAGAGCCCACGAGGAUCAGGCAGGGUCCCAGCAGCACAGAGAUCACGGUGGGUGAGAGCAUCGUGCUGCCCUGCCAGGUGACUGCCGAUCCAGCCUUGGACGUGGCCUUCUUCUGGGCCUUCAACGGUCAGCCCAUUGAUUUCCAUCAAGACGCCGACCACUUCGAGCGAGUAGGAGGGAGCUUUUCCGGUGAUCUUAUGAUUAGAAACAUCCAGCUUAAUCAUGGUGGGAAAUACGUUUGCCUCAUUGACACAGAUGUCGAGAGCUUGUCUGCUGACGCAAUAUUGGUUGUUAAAGGUCCCCCCAGCCCCCCAGACUUGGUUGUGGUGGAGGAGGUCACAGACAGCACGGCCCAGCUGUCCUGGAGCCCAGGCCAGGACAAUGGAAGUCCCAUUACUGGAUAUGUCAUCCAGGCCAGGACUCCUUUUACUGUCGGCUGGCAAGCUGUCGACACAGUUCCUGAGGCGAUCAAUGGGAACACUCUGACUGCAACUGUGGUGGGUUUGAACGCUUGGGUGGAAUAUGAGUUCAGAGUGCUGGCCAGUAACAGUGUCGGGAUGGGAGAGCCCAGUCCACCUUCUACCAAAAUCAGAACAGAAGAUGCUAUGCCUGACACGGCUCCCACUGAUGUCGGAGGCGGAGGAGGUACCAAAUCGGAAUUAGUGAUAACAUGGGAGCCUGUUCCAGAGGAGUUGCAGAAUGGAGAGGGCUUCGGUUAUAUCAUCGCUUUUCGGUCAGUGGGCUUGGUCACCUGGACCCGUGCCGUGAUCUCGGCACCCAGCGUCACCCGCUACGUUUUCCGCAAUGACACCAUCCCACCGUUCUCACCAUUCAAUGUCAAAGUGGGAGCGUUCAACAACCGUGGAGAAGGACCUUUCAGCAGCAUUGCAACAGUGUUCUCCGCAGAGGAAGUGCCGAGCAUAGCGCCAGAGAGAGUGUCAGCAAAAAGUCUGUCAGCGGCUGACAUCGAAGUUACCUGGGAGCCCACUGUGUCGACCCCUGAAAGAGUUCUCGGAUAUGAGGUGGUGUACUGGGAAGAUGACACCAAGCCGGAUACGGUGGGUAAAGUGCGGAUCACUGGAAACUACACAGCAGUCAAUGUCAGUGGCCUGCAGGGGAACACUCAGUAUUAUCUAGCGGUGUGUGCCUUCAAUACUGCAGGAACUGGCCCCCAGUCUGUACCUGUCAAUGUUACCACCAAAAAGCCACCGCCUGGACAACCCCCUCAGAACGUAGAGUGGAAUCUGAUUGGCUCUCAGCUCGUGUUGCAGUGGGAUCCCGUCAUCGCUCUUGAAACUGAAUCUGAGGUCACGGGAUACAUAGUGCUGUACAGAAGACACCGGAAUAACGACAUGUACUCCAUCAUCACCAACAAAACCUCGGUUGAGUUGACCCUCAAUCUGAACGACAACUACGUCAUUCAGAUCAAGACCCUCAGUGAAGGGGGCUUAGGGGAAGGAAGCGAGCCCAUCCACAUCCACCAACUCAGCAUGGGUGCCCGUGGAUCCAGAGCAGGAAGCCUGUGCACACUUUCUCUCUCUCUGCUCCUCAUUUGCGCUCUUUCGACGCACAGUGCCUCCUGAUGUUUGCCUCCCAAGAGCACCAGACCCUGCCGCACCAAGAAAAACAUACUUUCUGCUCUUUGCUCAUACAAGGCUUAUGUCUCCCAUCACAAUCUGACCAGAUGGGAUUCUCCAGCUCCGGCAACAUAUAUGGAAGAGCCUGAUAUUGAAAUGUCAUGGGAAAUGUUAAGGAAUUCAUCAUUAGUAAACAUGGCAGAGCCCUGCAAAAGAAUCAUUAGGGUUUUUGGGAUGAUCUAGAGUAA